UGCCGUUGUUCAUUUGCAAAGUUGGCGGGAUCGGUGGGCCACCCUGGGUGACGACGAUGCGAAAGGAGAUCCAGUACACGUCCGUGAAGCUCACGGACGAUGAUGGAACGGGACUGGAACCCAUGGACGUGAAGAUGACUCAAGAAGUCCGUCCAGCAAGUCGAUUGUCUUGGGUACGAACCGCCCUCUGGUGGACAUUGAUAAUUGCCCCCUACUUGGCACUCGCUGUGGUGUUGAUUGCGCCACUUCCGGACACGAAUGGAGAGUUAUGUGCUUCCCAGCGCCUGGAAAAGCUCGACAUGAAGCGCAAUGUUUUCUACGAUGAAUCAGUAGUGAGCGAGAAGACUCGGUUUGCUGCCAUCGGACAAAAAGGCGCAACUAUUUGGAUGACAGGACUUUCUGGAAGCGGAAAGAGUACGAUUGGGCGAGCUUUGGAAGCCAAAUUGAUCCACGAUCGCAUCCAAGUGUACCGCCUCGAUGGCGACAACGUGCGAAUUGGUCUGAAUCGCGACCUCGGGUUUUCCGCGGCCGAUCGACAGGAAAGCGUGCGGCGCGUUGGCGAAAUGGCAGCUUUGUUUGCCCAAUCUGGCACGAUUACGAUCGUCGGCCUUGUGUCACCAUACCGCGCCCAUCGGGACGACGUCCGCGACAUUCACAAGAAAAUGAACAUCCCGUUCUAUGAAGUGUUCGUGGACACACCACUCAGCGUCGUCAUGGCGCGCGACAUCAAAGGAUUGUACAAGAAGGCUGUGAGUGGCGAGAUCAAAGACUUUACCGGCGUCUCGGCGCCGUACGAGGCGCCUUUGCACGCCGACUUGACUUUGUUUACCCCCAACUCGACGUUGGAUGCCGAAGUUGCGACUGUCUAUUCCUUUCUCAAGCAGAAGGGUUUGUUGACUGGGGUGGACGCGCUUCCAAGAGGGUACCCUGGCGUAGCUGUGGCCGAUGGGGGCAAUGCCGCUGCCCACUUCGACACGCUGUAUCCGACGGCAGUCACGUCCUCGACGGCACCGGCGGCUGCGGCGCCGCGCGUGUUGCUCCGCGACGAAGAUUUGCACUGGGUACAGGUCCUGGGCGAAGGAUGGGCGUCUCCUUUGCGCGGCUUCAUGCGCGAAGGGGCUUACUUGCAAUGCCUUCACUUUUCUUCGGUCGUGUUUGACGCCGACAACUUGACUGCGGGAAAUCUAAAUCCCCAUAGCACGACCAACUUUUCCGAGUAUUCCACCGCCGAUGUCGGCCGCGGUACCCGCGUGAACAUGCCGAUUCCGAUCGUCCUACCCGUGACCAAGGUCACCAAGGCUGCUAUCUCGACUGCCGCCGACGGAGGCAUCAACCACGUCGUGUUGGUGACCCGCACGGGCGAAGAGGUUGCAGUUUUGACCAACCCGGAGGUAUUUGAUCACCGAAAGGAAGAGCGCAUCACGCGCACGUUUGGCGCGUACGACAGGGGGCACCCGUACGUUGACAUGAUUCAAAAGGCGGGAGACUUUUUGCUCGGUGGCGAAAUCCAACUGCUUCAGCGGGUCAUGUACAACGACGGGUUGGACAAGUUUCGACUGACACCGUCCGAAUUGCGCGCUAAAUUUGAAGCGCUUGGUGCGGACGCCGUCUUGGCCUUUCAAACGCGAAACCCGACGCAUGCCGGCCACGCGUACCUGAUGAACCAAGGACGACAGUGGCUCCUCGACCAAGGGUUCAAGAAUCCCGUCUUGUGGCUGAGUCCUUUGGGCGGAUGGACGAAAGAAGACGAUGUGCCGCUCGACGUUCGAGUCCACCAGCACGAAGCCAUCAUAAAAGAUGGUAUGCUUGACCCGGCGUCGACAGUCUUGUCAAUUUGGCCGUCCCCGAUGGUGUACGCCGGCCCGCGGGAAGUGCAGUGGCAUGCCAAGAGCCGGAAGAACGCCGGCGCAUCGUACUUUGUCGUGGGCCGCGACCCCGCCGGCAUCAAGCGUUCGGACCAGCCGGACCAAGACAUGUACGCCGGCGACCACGGACGAUUCGUGCUGCACUUGGCGCCGGGCAUGGAGCACAUGAACUUGCUCAGCUUCCCCAAGGUGUACUAUGAUAAAACAGACCACAAGAUGAAGCCCAUGACGGAUAAGAGUCGCAAGCGUGAUUUUCUCUCGAUCUCGGGGUCUAAAAUGCGGCACAUGGCGAAAAUGGGCUUUCAACCGUGUACGGACAUUCCAGACACUUGGGAAUCGGACCCGACCUGUGUCCCCCCCGGCUUCAUGGUGCAAUCCGGGUGGAAUCUCAUGGUCCAGUACUACCAACGCAUGACAGACCCGUCGUAUCUCCAGUACUCGAUCCCUUUCCGACCGUUUAUCUCGAAAGCGUCGUCGGUCGCGUCCACGGGGGACAACGCGGUCGUUGGCACGUUGGGCUUUGAACUGUCCGUACUGGAUGCCGCCACGGGAGCCAAGGUGUCGCCGUGGCACGACAUUCCUCUGUAUGUCAACGCGUCCGUGGUCAACUUCGUCGUCGAGAUCGAGAAGGGUCGCAUGGAAAAGAUGGAAGUGAACAAGCGACUGCCGUUCAACCCGAUCAAGCAGGACGUGACCAAGACGAAUCACACACGGUACUACUUGUACGGCGUCCCGUUUUUCAACUAUGGGAUGUUGCCGCAAACGUGGGAAGAUCCGUCGAUGAAGGACGCGGCCGGCCACGGCGGCGACAAUGACCCCUUGGACGUGAUUGAAAUCGGGACCGCCACGCUGCCGAUGGGGUCGGUGCAUCCUGUCAAGGUCCUCGGUAGCCUCGAGCUGAUCGACCAAGGCGAAGUGGACCACAAGAUCGUUGCGGUAUCGAUCGAUGACCCGCUUGCGAGUGUCAUUCACACAGUUGACGAUCUCUCUGCACACCGUCCCCAUCUUGUCGAGCAGUUGGUCGACUGGCUCAAAAACUACAAACUUCCCGAAGGCAAACCCGUCAACGUCCUCAGCCAAGACACCAUGACGAAUGCGACGGACGCGCUCGCCAUUGUUGCCGCCACUCAUGGGCGAUGGCAAGCGCUAAAAGAUGGGGCGAUUGCCAACCCUGGCUUUUGGCUGGGACCGACCCAAUGAAGGUGACCACUAGCCUCUCACAACACCUCCAUUAUCCAGUUUUGAAAACGAUCCAUGUCCUUUGGGAUGCAGGUUGAAAAGAUGCCGUUGACACAGUCAUCGAGUAUGUGCAAUACAAGAUAAUACCAUACGUAGUUUCAACUCACA